CGCAGGUGAGGCGGCGGCCGCCGGGCCCUGCACGCGCACUCGGCGGCCGCGGGCUCGGCGGCAUGGCUGUCAGCAGGAAGGACUGGUCCGCGCUGUCCAGCCUGGCCAGGCAGUGGACUCUAGAGGAUGAGGAGGAGCAGGAGCGUGAGCGCCGGCGGCGGCACCGAAAUCUGAGCUCCACCACGGACGACGAGGCUCCCAAGCUCGCCCAGAAUGGAGACGCACCGGCUGCCCAGAGACUGCUGAGCGUGGAGGAAGCAGAGGUGCCCAAGCCACGAACCUCAGCCUCUAAAGAUGAGGAGGAUGACACCCAGGCCAUACUCAGGACCCGGCAGGAGCGGAGGCAGAGGCGGCAGAUAGUGGAGGCUGCACAGGCCCCCAGCCCGCCGGGGGCACAGGAGCCAAGGGACAGCUCUGGCCCAGGGCAGGCCAAGCAGCAGCCCCUCGUGCCCAAGAAGGACGGGGAGCUGCCACCUCGCCGGAGACUGAGCCGGGAGCGGCGGGGCCCCUGGGCCAGGGAGGAAGAGAGCUUGGCGGGCCGCGAAUCCGAAGGUGGGAAGAAGGAGGUCUCAGAGAAGCCGGCAGUCUCGGAGAAGCCCCCCGUCCUGGGGAAGACAUUAGUACUUGGGAAGAGACUGGUCUCAGAGGAAACCUCCAUCUCAGAGAAGGCUCUGGGCCCUGAGAAAACAUCUGUGUCAGAGAAGUCAAUUCUAGAAAAAACAAGUGUGUGGGAGAAGCUGCCGGCCCCAGGGAAGACUUCAGACAUGGAAAGGAGAAUAGUUUCUGAGAAAGCAUCGCUCUUUGAGAAGUCUCUGGUGUCAGAGAAGACCCAGGCCACCGAGACAAAGCUAGCCCCAAGGAGGGCGGCCGCCUCAGGGCAGCCCCAGGCAGGGGGGCAGCCGGCCUCGGGGGGAAGCCACCUGCCCCCCACCACAGGGCAGAAGGGAAGGGCCCUCCCUGAGGAGAGCCCACCAUCCUCAGCCAAGCUGGGAGAGCAGGGGGCGCCGGACCCUCCGACUGUGGCUUCCCGCCUCCCGCCCAUCACAUUCCAGGUGAAAAUCCCCAGCAAGGAGGAAGAGGUAGACACACCCUCGCCCACCCAGACCACCUACAGCAGCUCCCUCAAACGCUCCAGCCCCAGGACCAUCUCCUUUCGGAUGAGCCCCAGGAAAGACAACUCAGAAACAACCUUAACCCGCAGCGCCAGCAUGCGGCUCCCGGCUGGCACAGUCAAGUUAGGGGAGAAGCUGGAGAGAUACCACACGGCUGUCCAGAGAUCAGAAUCAGUCAAGUCUCCUGGCUCCUCCCGCACCGAGUUCUUUGUGGCUCCCGUGGGCGUAGCCAGCAAGCGCCACCUCUUUGAGAAGGAGCUGGUAGGCCAGAGCCGAGCAGAACCGGCCUCCAGCCGGAAGGAGAACUUGAGGCUUUCAGGGGUUGUGACAUCAAGGCUCAACCUGUGGAUCAGCAGGACCCAGGAGUCUGGAGAUCAGGACCCGCAGGAGGUGCAGAAAGAGUCAGCAGCCACCAAGAGGACCCAGUGGGGAAAGAAAGACUCCUCCCUGGAUGUAGAGGUGUGACGAGCCCUGCCAGGAUGGACCUGCAAGUCUGCAUCUCAGGGGCCCUCCCUCAGGCGAGGCCCUGCCACCAGCAGCAUCCCUGUCUCUCAACCCUGCUCCCUCUCUGCCUCUGGACCUGGAGCCAGGAGUGUCAGGGAGACUCAGCCACCUCCUUCCCAGUCUAGCGUCUGGGGGCGGGUGUGCCCCGGCCCCUUCUCGUCCCACUGCAGGCACAGCGGGGGUGCAGCACCAGCUCUCAUCAGCACCGUGUGGCCUCCAUGUCCUGUCUGGAGGUGGCUUCCGGGCCCUGCUCACGUCCAGGGGCAGGGCGGUGCUGUCUCUGGAGAACUCCCAAGAUUCCCCCUGGAGUGUGCCUCCAUGUGCCUGUGAUGUCUCUCCCUCACUGAGGCCUGGAGCCACACACUUCCGUCCCUGGGGCCUGCCUCCAGCUUGCUGAGGUCCGUCGGGCCAGAUUGUCCAGGCGCUGCCCUGCGUCUUCCGUGUGCCCUGUCUCCCUGCUUCCUUUGCCUCUCGCUUCCUUGGCCUGCUGCUCGGCCAGGAGCUCGGUGCCAUUUUGUGCACCCCUUCACCCUCUUUCUGAAAAAGCUGUUCUCAGGAAAGAGCUGAUAAACUCAUUCGCUCUCAGGUGUG